CUCUCCCCCUCACACACUCAUCAACCAAGCAGAAGCAAAUCAAUCUCUCGUUCUCUCGUCUUCUUCCUCGUUCUCUUACUUGUUCUUCCCUGUAAAAAUGGCCUCUUCGAGCCACAGCAACUUCGCGAGCCUCGCUUUACCUGUGCUCGUGAUCCUCUGCUUCCUCGGUCCGUGCCCAGCGGCCUCCUCUCUCGUCCAGGAGCAGCCCCUCGUCCUCAAGUACCACAACGGCCCCCUCCUCAAGGGCAACGUCACCCUCAACCUCCUCUGGUACGGCGCCUUCUCCCCCGCCCAGCGCUCCGUCGUCCUCGACUUCCUCCACUCCCUCUCCGCCACGGCCGCCUCCCCGCCCCCCUCCGUCUCCUCGUGGUGGCGUACAACCGCCCGCUACAAGGGCGGCCCUUCCAACCUCGCCGUCGGGGUCCAGAUCCUCGACGAGAGUUACUCCCUCGGCAAAUCGUUGCAGACGGGGCAACUGGCGGCUCUGGCUUCUAAGGUCGGCUACAAGAGCAUCAAGACCAGGGCGCUCGCCAUCAACCUCGUGCUGACCUCCGCCGACGUGGCGGUCGACGGGUUCUGCAUGAGCCGGUGCGGUACCCACGGCUCCGGCGCCGCCGGGAAGGCCAAGUUCACGUACGCGUGGGUGGGGAACGCGGUCAGCCAGUGCCCGGGGCAGUGCGCCUGGCCGUUCCACCAGCCGCAGUACGGUCCGCAGACGCCCCCGUUGGUGGCGCCCAACGGCGACGUCGGGGUAGACGGGAUGGUGAUCAACCUGGCGACGGUGCUGGCGGGGACCGUGACGAACCCGUUCAACAACGGGUACUACCAGGGGGUGGCCGGGGCGCCGCUGGAGGCGGUGAGCGCGUGCACGGGGAUCUUCGGGAAGGGCGCGUACCCGGGGUAUCCUGGCCAAGUCCUGGUGGACAAGACGACGGGGGCGAGUUACAAUGCGAUCGGCGUCCAUGGCCGCAAGUUUCUGUUGCCGGCCAUGUGGGACCCGAAGACGUCCGCGUGCGAGACCCCCGUGUGAAUCGCGAUACUGAAAGUCUAAAAGGAGUUCAUAGCAUAGGUAUGACCGUAUGAGCUUUUGUGGAAAUGCUAGAGGAAUUGUAGUUCAUUUGUUAUUCAAACGAGAAAGAAUGUAAAAAUGUAUAGAAAGUUGCAAUAAUAUGUGAAAGUAAUAAUUUUAUUUAUGGAAAAAUGCAAACUUCUAUUUAUUAUAAA